UAGGAGGGUCUCCCGGCCCCCCGCCCCCCUCCCCAAACCUGCUGUCACUCGGCCUCUGCCUGUCGGAGAAGAUGGCAGUGAGCUUCGAGGACGUGGCUGUGUACUUCUCCCCGGAGGAGUGGGCCCGCUUGGGGCCCGCCCAGAGGGCCCUGGCCCGGGACGUUAUGUGGGACAACUACCGCGCUCUGGAGUCGCUGGGCCUCCCAGUUCCCGCUGCGGCGGUGCUAUCCCGGAUGGAGUGGCGAGGCGGGCCCUGGGCAGCCCAAGACAGACUGGUACCUGAGGAGACCCUCCGGAACACAGGCCCUCCGCGGGACAACCCGGCAUCCCCGGCGACCCCGGCGACGCCGAAGCCGUCCCGCCCCUUCACCUGCCCGACGUGCGGCAAGUCGUUCCGGCAGCACCGCAACCUGACCAGCCACCUGCGGACGCACACGGGGGCCCGGCCCUACCGCUGCCCGGACUGCGGCAAGGCCUUCAGCCGCGGCUCCCACCUGACCAUGCACAGGCGGACCCACACGGGCGAGCGGCCGUACCGCUGCCCCGACUGCGGGGACAGCUUCGGCCUCAGUUCCACCCUGGUCACCCACCAGCGCACGCACACGGGCGAGAAGCCCUACGCCUGCCCGCAGUGCGGCAAGAGCUUCAGCCAGCGCUCGGCCCUGAGCAUGCACCAGCGCACCCACACCGGCGAGAAGCCCCACCCCUGCCCCCAGUGCGGCAAGCGCUUCAACCGCGGCUCCACCCUCAUCGCCCACCAGCGCACCCACACCGGCGAGAAGCCCUACAAGUGCCACGACUGCGGCUCGGGCUUCCGCUACCGGGCCCAGAUGGUCAAGCACCGGGGCCGCUGCGGGGGCUGGGCCGGGCCGGCUGGCCUCUGGUUCCCCCCACCCCGCUGCUAUGGUAUCGGGGAGCCGGAGCCCGCUCCCCCCGUCAUCCCGCCGCUACAGAAUCCAUAG